CCUUGUACCGCCCCAGAGACUCACGGGACUGGCAAUUACAGUAGGAAAAGCCGCAUUGACACCCUGCAGGAGCAAGUGGACAGUUUAGUCACUCAGGUGGCAUUAAUGAAGGUACUUGCUCCAAUUCUCGGCAAUGGACCAACCUAUUGAAUCUCCCUUACCAGAGAAGUAGUGAUGACAACCUACCUUUUCGAACACCAAAACAUAGAUCACACCUCAGCGAAGAUGAUUCACAUUAUAGCAAUCAUCAUGGGUUACCUGCUAGAAACUCAUCAUCAGAAACGGAUGCAGAAAUGGACUUUAUCUCUCGUGGGCUUUUCACAUUCCUGGAAUGUGAAGAGCUACUGGCAAAGUUUCGCUCGCAUAAGAUGCCCAUGUUUCCCUUCGUCAUAAUUUCCACUCAGCUGGGUGUUCCGUCACUUCGGCAGCAAUUUCCCUUUCUCCUGUUGUGCAUCGUGACCGCCUGCCUGGAGCACAAACCAUCGUUACAACAUAGGAUGGAACAAGAAGUCAGGAGGUCCAUCGCCACUCGCUUAAUAGUCAACUUGGAGAGGAGCUUGGAUCUGCUCUUAGGAAUUUUGGUCCACGUUGCCUGGAGUUAUUAUCACUGGCCUAUCUUUAAUUCUCAGUCUUCUAUGUUUCUGCAAAUGGCGGUCAUGGUUGUUGGGGAUCUAGGAUUGGACAAAGGAGACUUAAAUAUGCAGGCUUCUCCGUUUAACAGCCAGAUUGCUAACCAGGUAGAGAUUGAUAGCGAUUGCUGGACCUCGGCGGCACAGCGGGCUCUUCUCGGAUGUUAUUAUCUUUGUUCGAGAUCACUGUUCUUUCGAGGACAGCUAGCCAUGAAGUAUACUGAAUGGAUCAAACGGUGCACUGAGAUGCUUGCACUAAAGGCAGAAUACCCUACCGAUGUAGUGCUCGGGGUUUAUAUCAAGGAGUGUACACGCUGCCGGACUGAUUGGUCGCCUGUUGGGAAGCAUUCCUCGGGGGUAGAUGAGACCAUGGCCUGGCGGAAGCUAUCUGAUUCCCUCGCACUGCAACAAAAGCAUACAGAGGAACUUCUCCGUAACCAAAAUCUGUGGGACAACUGGGCUGUGCGCCUAGAGCUUAGUGCAACAUCAAUACUAGUCCUUGGACGGCACCACUGCAUUCCCUACUGUGAUCUACAGCAGCUUCAAGCAUUAUCCUCGUCAGCAUACAACACUAUCAACAUAUUUCUCGCAAUACCUUCACCAGCGCUGGUUCACCUGCCCGCUUCAUCAUACAAUAUACUUUGGUACAGCCUUCUGCUUCUUUCCAAGCUUCACUUGCUAUUUCAUGCGCAGUUCGACAUCCCUGGAAUCAGAAGACAUGAUAUACAGGGCAUUGGACUUGCCCUGAUGAAGAAACUGGAAGGUAAUUUGCGAGAAGAUGACGCUUUGAUGAACUGCAAAACAGUGUUGAGAAGCAUGUUGGCUUGGCUGGAAAAUACCACAUGUGAGCAGCAGCAAGGACAGGUUGAUCUCUCGAUACAGGGAUUGGGAUAUGAGCACGAGAAUUCUCAGCUGUAUCAUCUUAGUCCCAGUUCUUUGCGGGGACACGCAAACAAAGUGACUGGUAGCCAGUGGGCUAUACGUGGACCCCGUUCUCUGACUGCAUCGCAUGAAUCACCUUCAGUGUACUCAGGAGGUGAAAGAGGAGAUCGGGAGACGGCUUUGUGGGAGAAUAUGUUGGAUGAAUUCGACUGGCACGAGGACCCACCCGGCUUCGUUAGUAAGUGACAAUAUGGCGGCCGGUCCAGAUUUAAUGUAACUAUAAGUAGAGAAAACUACAGGUACACACUAUCUUCGAUUGAUAAGAUACGAGUCAAGAGCUCCACAGCUAACCAUUGGUUCAGGAGCGGCACAGAUGAUCGGCAGUGUCCCCUGCACAGUGCACACAGCGGCAGUGGGACAUGUCGCCCCUGCUCGAGCCAAACAAUCGCUCUUUGAGGAUGAUCCGGUUCUAUUAAGAUAAUAUGAUGAUUAUCUAGUACUUUGUGUAUAUGAUGAACCGAGCGCUCGCGAGGGUAAUUUUCUAUGU